AUGGAAUUUGGACUUGGAGGCCCUUCUGCGCUGAUCCGCUGUCUGUGGCCUAGGCGGCAGCCCACCCUGUGGCCCACCCUGGCCGCUCUGGCCCUGCUGAGCAGCGUCUCGGAGGCUUCUCCCAGCCCGGCACCCCACGAAGGUCCUGCACCGGUCCUGGCACCCCCCACCGGCCACCUGCCGGGGGGCCACGCGGCCAGCCUGUGCGGCGGAAGAUCCCGGCGGGUGCCCCCGCAGCCUCCGCAGCCCGCGCCACCACCUCCCGCACUACCGCCGCCGCCGCCCGUGCCUCUCCGUGGUGGCCGCUUGGCACGAGCGGGCACCCGGGGCAGCCGCGCUCAGACUCAGGCCUCGAGCCAGCGGGGCUGCCGCCUGCGCUCACAGCUGGUGCCAGUGCGCGCCCUGGGCCUGGGCCACAGCUCGGACGAGCUGGUGCGCUUCCGCUUCUGCAGCGGCUCGUGCCGCCGCGCGCGCUCCCCGCACGAUCUCAGCCUGGCCAGUCUGCUGGGCGCCGGGGCCCUGCGGGCACCGCCCGGCUCCCGGCCUGUCAGCCAGCCCUGCUGCCGGCCCACGCGCUACGAGGCCGUUUCCUUCAUGGACGUGAACAGCACCUGGAGGACUGUGGACCGUCUUUCCGCCACUGCCUGCGGUUGCCUGGGCUGA